AUGGCCGAGAAGGAGAUUCAACCUCAAGACGUGGACGAGCCCGUGGGCGGCCGGACCGAGCACCAAAAGCGGCAUGACAAGGUGAUCAAUGAUGCGCGGCUUGCGACGGAGAAAGAGCAUGCGAUGAGCUUGUGGCAGGGCAUCAAGCUGUAUCCGAAGGCGGUGGGGUGGUCGCUGCUCAUCUCGACGUGUAUUGCCAUGGAAGGCUACGAUGUUUGCCUCCUUUCGAACUUCUUUGGGUUCCCGCAAUUCAAGAAAAAGUAUGGUCAUCAGCUUGCGGAUGGAACCUACGAGAUUUCCGCCCCGUGGCAGGCGGGGUUGCAGAAUGGUGUCACUUGCGGAGAGAUCAUUGGGUUGAUGAUUAAUGGAUAUGUGAGCGAGAGGUUCGGGUAUAGGUAUACGGUUAUGGCCUGCUUGACGCUUAUUAUUGCGUUUACGUCUAUUUUCUUUACGGCGCAGACGGUGGAGCAUUUGUUGGUUGGCGAGAUCUUGUGCGGAAUACCGUGGGGGGUCUUUCAGACAUUGACGAUUACUUAUGCGUCUGAGGUCUGCCCGGUCGCUCUGCGUGGGUACCUCACGACAUAUGUCAACUUCUGCUGGGGCCUGGGACAGGUUAUCGGUAUUGGCGUCAUUCGAUCUAUGGUCAACCGCGACGACGAAUGGUCUUACCGCAUCCCCUACGCUCUGCAGUGGAUGUGGCCUGUUCCUCUCCUUAUUGGAGUAUGGCUUGCCCCGGAAUCGCCGUGGUGGUUGGUCCGCAGAGGUCGCAUCGACGACGCAAAGAGAGCGCUCCUGCGUCUCACAAGCCUAGAUCGAGAAACCAACUUCGACGCCGACGAGACCAUUGCCAUGAUGGUCCACACGACAGCACUUGAAGAGAAGAUCACCCAAGGAGCUUCCUACCUGGACUGCUUCAAAGGCACCGAUUUGCGCCGCACGGAAAUCGUCUGCAUGGCCUGGGCGAUCCAGAAUCUCAGCGGCAAUGCCUUCUCCGGCUAUUCGUCUUACUUCCUGCAACAAGCUGGCCUCCCGCCUUCGACCUCGUACGACUUCGCAAUGGGCCAGUACGGCAUCAACAUGGCCGGUGUCUUCGGCGCGUGGUGGUUGAUGAAGAUCGGGCUCGGACGACGAACGCUGUACCUCGGUGGUCUCUGCGGACUUUGCACGAUGCUUUUCAUUAUGGGAUUCCUCGGCCUGGUUCCCGAAUCGCACCGCCAGCAAGGCGCCAUGGCGACCGGCUCCAUCAUGAUCAUCUGGGCUGCGUUCUACCAGCUCACCGUCGGCACCGUGUGCUACUCCCUCGUCGCCGAGCUCUCCACUCGCCGUCUGGCGAUCAAGACCGUUGUCCUGGGGCGCAACCUGUACAACAUCGUUGCCAUCGUCACCAACGUAGUCACGCCGUACAUGCUUAACCCUGAGUAUUGGAACUGGCAGAAUUUCACCGGCUUCUUUUGGGCAGGGCUGUGCUUCUGCUGCAUUAUCUAUACGUACUUCAGGUUGCCGGAGCCGAAGGGGAGGACGUUUGCCGAGCUAGAUCUGCUCUUUGAGAAGAAGGUUCCUGCAAGGAAAUUUGCGAACAUGCACAUUGAUGUGUUCGAGGGUGAGGCUUUGGAGAACACGACCGUGUUCCACCAGUACGAGGAGAAGCAGAGGGCUGGGUCGAUCGUGGGGUAA